CUGAGUUUUAAUUAUAAACUGCGAAUAAAAAGUUGCCUCCUAAAGAGAGGUAAUCAUACCGACAUGAUCGUCGUUCAUUUAAUUAUCGCUUUUGUGGUGAUAAUAAAUUGUGUGAACGCGACCAAUAGCAAUGAUGUUCAUAAAGAAUUAGAAAUCGAUAUAAGCAUGAAAGAGUUGGUUGGUAAGAAUAUUUCCCACUAUCCUGAAAUGGGGAGGAUUCUGCGAUGGCGUAGACAAACCUUGAAACCGAAACCAUAUCCAAAUAUACACAGACGAAAGAAAUUAAGAGUAUUAAAAUGGAAGUUCAUGCCGGGCGUGUAUCCUGACUACAUGUAUCGAGAGAAGUUAACGAAAAAACAUAAUGGUAUUAUGGUGAAUACUGAUUGGCAAGAUCCCCUAGAGUAUAUGUUGCUGUCCGGACAAGUUUUUGAUUUUUAAUAAAUUACUUUUUGAGGUGUGA